CAAAACAGAAUGUCGGACUCAACAAUUAUUUUCUCAAUCCUGUUCUUUCCACUUCUCUUUGCAUCACAACCAUGUCAGCGUAUCCUCGCCUCCGCCGUCGUCGAAGGUCAAUGGCAACUUCUACAAAAAAGCUUAGGCAUCUCAGCCAUGCAUAUGCAGCUCCUUAGGAACGACCGUGUAGUUAUGUUUGAUAGAACUGAUUUUGGACUAUCAAAACUGCCAUUGCCUAAUGGAAAAUGCCGCUAUGACCCAACAGACACAUCUCUCAAAGUGGAUUGCACUGCUCAUUCACUUGAGUACGAUGUUUUAACCAAUAAUUUCAGAGCUCUCAUGGUUCAAACCGACGUUUGGUGCUCUUCAGGGGCUGUCAUGCCGGAUGGUAACUUGGUCCAAACCGGUGGAUACAACGACGGCGAACUAAAGGUCAGGGUUUUUAGCCCAUGCGGGACCUGCGAUUGGCUAGAAACACCAAAUGGAUUGGCUGUCAAAAGAUGGUAUGCCUCCAACCAUAUCUUGCCCGAUGGAAGACAAAUUGUUGUCGGUGGUCGGGGACAAUUUAACUACGAGUUUGUUCCUAAAACCAUUACCGCCAACACGUUCAAUUUGCCUUUCUUGUCGGAAACCAAUGACAGAGGAGCAGAGAACAAUCUCUACCCUUUUGUUUUCCUCAAUGUUGAUGGAAACUUGUUUAUUUUCGCAAACAAUCGAGCUAUUUUGCUUGAUUACAUGAAAAACAAAGUUGUGAAGACGUAUCCAACGAUUUCCGGUGACGAUCCUAGAAGCUAUCCCAGCACUGGUUCAGCAGUUCUGCUUCCACUGAAGAACUUGAAAUCGCCAGACAUUCAAGCUGAAGUUUUGGUUUGUGGAGGUGCUCCAAAAGGAUCUUUUUUUCAAGCUAAACGUAAGAAAGUUUUCAUUGGAGCCUUGAACACUUGCGCCAGGAUCAAAAUAACCGACCCCAACCCACGGUGGGUGAUGGAGACCAUGCCUCUGGCUAGAGUUAUGGGUGACAUGAUAUUGCUUCCAAACGGUAAUGUCUUGAUCAUCAAUGGAGCUGGUGCAGGAACAGCAGGAUGGGAACUUGGUCGGAACCCAGUUUUGAAUCCGGUAUUAUACAAGCCUGAUAAAGAAAUCAGGACACGGUUCGAGACACAAAACCCGACAACGAUUCCUCGGCUCUACCAUUCUACUGCUGCAUUACUUCGUGAUGGCAGAGUUUUAGUUGGAGGAAGCAAUCCUCACAAUUUUUACAACUUCACGAACGUUCUUUUCCCUACUGAACUAAGCUUAGAAGCAUUCUCUCCAACAUAUUUAGAUGCUAAAUUCAACAGCGUAAGACCAACAAUCGUUGCACCAAAAUCAACGUGUGGGAUCAAAUACGGGCAAAAGUUAACUGUUCAAGUGGUGAUUGCAGGUAAAGUAGCUCAAAACCAGGUGUCUGUAACAAUGGUAGCACCGCCUUUCAAUACACAUUCAUUCUCCAUGAAUCAAAGGUUGCUUGAACUUGGAAAUGACAAGGUGACGGCUUUGGAGAAAUCUAUGUACAACAUUGAUGUCACAAUACCACAUUCGGAUAAUAUCAUGCCGGCAGGGUUUUAUCUUUUGUUUGUGGUCCAUCAGGGCAUUCCCAGCAAAGGCAAUUGGGUCAAAUUGCUGUAAAGAGAAAGGUCAACACUUCAUAUGUUCAUAAAGAUGUGAUCCCCCGUCCAUAUAAGCUGACAAUUUUUACUGCAGUAAAAAACAUGUAUCUACAAAGGAUUUGUCAUAUGAUAUGAAUGAUGCUUUAGC